UUUUAAAUAAUUAAUAUGUCAGCAGGCUUCUAUAAGGGAAUAUCAUCAGAGCAAGAUACCCGUUUUACAAAUGCAGAGAAAAAGCUUUUGAGGAAUACUAAAUUUCCUGAUGAAUUUUCAGUUAAGGUUGAUAUGGAUAAGGUUAAUUUAUCAGUUAUGAAGCCAUGGAUUACUCAGAAAGUGAUUGAUCUUUUGGGAUUUGAAGAUGAUGUGGUUAUUAAUUAUGCUUUUCAAAUGAUUGAGUCUACGCGUUUUCCUGAUCCUAAAAGAAUUCAGAUAAAUUUGACAGGUUUUUUGGAAAAAAAAGCAUCAGUUUUUACUAAAGAACUUUGGGCCCUUUUGCAAUCAGCACAACAAAGUACAGGAGGUAUACCUUCUAAAUUUUUUGAGGAAAAAAAGGCUGAAAUUCAUGCAAAAAAGUUGGAAGAGAAACGUAUACAUGAAAAUACAAAAAAACAAAAGGAUGAUCAAAAACAUAAUGAAAGAGUAGAUUCUAGUAAGGAAAAGGAAUCCUGGAGAUAUAAUUCUGAGAGAAAUGGAUCUCGUUAUCAUGGUAAAGAUGGUAAUGAACAUGAUUAUAAAAAUAGUCGGUCUCGUUCGCGUGACAGAAAAGUAUAUAAUAGUCGAAGACAUAGUCAUAGGGGAAAUAGGUCUUCUUCUCGAGAUAUGCAUGUGCAUAAUGAUCGGUAUUAUAGAGGAAAUAGAUCGCAUUCUAGAAAUAGAUCGCAUUCUAGGAAUAGAUCGCAUUCUAGGAAUAGAUCUUCAUAUGAUAGACGUCAUAGAAGUGAUAGAAAUCGUUCUAGAGAAAGAGAUAGAUAUAGUGUACGAAGGCAUAGACACAAAAGAGAUAGAUCUUAUUCCUCGGAUAGACAUACACAUAGUCAAAAAUAUCGAAGAACUAGCUCACGUCAUAAUAGUCCACAAGCCAGAUAUAAAUACAGAAGUCGUAGCAAUUCAUCUAGCAGUUCUGCAUCAAGAUCUAAUGAGGACAGUUAUGGAAGCACUUCAUCUUAUUAUCGUCAAAGACGUUUCUCGUCGUCCGAAACAUCUUCAUCUAAACGAUCGCCCAUGCACAAUAGAGAAUUGUCAAGAAAAUGAUUAUAAAAUUAUGAAAAAGGCGAUC